AUGAGGAACCCUGGACACUUUGCCAUCCUUUGCCUCCUAUUGGUGACCAUAGACCGGCCCCAGUAUUGUGAAGGCUCACACUGGCUGAAGACUUUCAGGAUUGUAAUAAUGGAGCCUGGCAUAUUGGAGCCCCGGUUCAUCCAGGUCAGCUAUGUAGACUCCAUACAGUAUCAGGGAUUCGACAGCAGAUCAGAGACUGCGGGGAUGCAACCUCGGGCUGCUUGGAUGAAGCAGGAGCCACCUGAAUAUUGGAAGAAUGAGACAGAACAUGCCAUGGGCGCGUCACUGUUAGCAAGACGAACUCUUAUAUACAUGGUGACUGAAAAUAAUAACAAGAAGAAUGACUAUCACACCCUGCAGGAAGUGUUUGGCUGCAAUGUGGCACAUGAUGGGAGCUUCCUUGGUGGUCACUACGGGCUCACCUACUAUGGCUAUGAUUACAUCAUCCUGAAUGAGGACCUGAACUCUUGGACUACAGAGGGAAAAGUAGGUGGAAAAUUUAAUCCAGACCGGACGCAAGGAAGCGUGACAGAAGGUUGGAGGACUUACCUGAAAGGGGAGUGCACAGAAAGGUUUCUUAGAUGCCUGGACCUUGGAAAGGAGACCUUGCUGCGCUCCGAUGCCCCCCGAACACAUGUGACCCACAAAGUAACACCUGAAGGGAAUGUCACCCUGAGGUGCUGGGCUCUGGGUUUCUACCCAGCUGACAUCACCCUGACCUGGAAGAGAGAUGGGAAAAACCACACCCAGGACAUGGAGCUGCCAGACACCAGGCCUGCAGGGGAUGGAACCUUCCAGAAGUGGGCAGCUGUGGUGGUUCCUUUUGGAGAAGAGCUGAGAUACACAUGUCAUGUGCACCAUGAAGGGUUACCUGGGCCACUCACUCUGAAAUGGGGGCCUCCACAAACCAUCCCCAUCAUAGCAAUUCUCAUCGGCCUGGUUCUUGUAGCUUUGGUGGUGGGAACUGUGGUGAUUUUUCUGGUGUGGAGGAAAUAAAGGUCUCUGUUUCCUGUAAGUACAACAUGAGAAAGUGAGUUCAGCCCAGACCUGAGCAUGACUCCCCUCCACACUGACCUGUGUCUUCUCCAGUCAUCUCACCUGCUCCAGGAGAGGCAGGCCUGGGAGACCUCCAUGAGAAAUUGACUUUUAGUUUCCAGUGAGUUGUAAAUUUAUUCUUCCUCCUUCAACAUUAGGAUUUUGUUCAAUUAUUGUGAAUUCUAGUCAUGGUUUAUUUAAUGAGUAAACCAAAUCAAAGCAAGAUUAAUAAAAUAGUAACUCUGUCUUGAGAAGUUGAAAUCCAUUAUUUUGGUCUUCUCUGUCUUUUUCUAGGUGCCUUUCUUUCCAUUCAACCUUAUACCUAAAUCUCUUAAUUUCUCUUCCUAAUAAACUUGGAUUUUGAUUCAUA